AUGGCACUCACAAGGUCAGCGGCGUCGACGCUUCCGACGGCGCUUCUGGUCCCUCCUAUGAACUCUGUAUCUAUCCCCAUUCGAUUCCAGUGUCCUCUCUGUCUCGAUGUGCUACGUCGCCCCAUUCAAUUGCCAUGUUGUCAUCGUUACCUUUGUAUGGAGUGUUUUGAGCGCGGACUAGAAUUAACAAGCGUCAACUGUGGCUUUUGUCGACGCCGAGUUGUCGGGUUUGCGCGUACAAAGCAAUAUAAGGUGGAUGAAGUUAUGUGGGCAGCCAUUAAAGACCACUGUCCAUUUAUGAGUGAUAUUGCGAGCGACAGAGAGCCGCUCGUUGAUUUCUACGAUGAAAAUGCUCCACCGUUGCACAAUAGUGGCGAAGAUACUCGAACAAUGAGCGAUGAGAGUGCUGGAGCACUCAGCGUCUACUACGAACAGCAGCUUCGUCGACACCAGUCUCAAGUGCACGAAGCAGAGCAGCGCGCAUUCGAGCAAACAAUCCAUUUCCUACAAAAUGAUCCAGAAUUUACGGCGUCACUGGCGGCGUCUCCAUUGUCACCACAAUCAUCUUCGUCAUCACCGCCGACAGAAAUUUUUUCGAAUGUGUGUAUCAGCUGCUGCGAACGACGCAAAUUGGCGACUAAUAGAAGAGAAUUAGAAUCAGAUAGCACCCAAUGCGCUUCAAACGCAAGAUACGCUGCGCAGCGUUCAUCUCAGAGAUUUUCUCGACUAUAUGUCGGAAUUCCUCGAUACAUUGUCGUGUUCGUACGACGCGUAUCAAAGUCUGCCAUAUCCAUACAAGCAAAAAGAGACAACUUUUUGUUUGAUUCCCGGUAUCUGUAUAAAUCUGAUUGUAAAGAUGAGCGUGUGCCAAAGCGAGACGAUGAGGAGCCCAUCAUCACAAAACACCGACGCGUUACAGAAAGAGCAGUGCUUCCAACGAGUGAUGACGCUGCACGGAGAUAUGUGGUGCAGAUCGGGAAAAUUGAGCCGGAACAGGCAUUCAUGAUCAACAUAGCGAGUGCAGGACAUUGCCAUGUAUCAUUCGAAGCACUUAAUUGUAUGCAUGUGCCGACGAUGACGUAA